UUGGACAUCUUUUUAAAUAGUGUUCUUUUGUAUAUCUCCGGCCAGGCAAGACCUAAGCCGAAAAUCCAAAUAGUAGCCAAGCAAGGAACAUGAAUUCAUACAAAAUUGAGCAAUAAUUUUAAGAAGAAUGUGCACUUAAUCUUGUUGUAACAAUAUUGUGAGCUUGGCCCAAAAGAAGAAAUUAGUAUGUGCCACCAUCACCCAGCCCAAAUUACAAAAUAGAAUAGACCCCGCGAACGGCACCUCUUCACUUCCCGAAUCCCAAGUGAAUCAGCAAGAAAUGGCGCCACUAUUUCCCGCGCUCCUGCAAAUCCCGCACUAAAUUGAAGCCAUUACGAAAACCCUGGUUUCUCACCCUGUCCAGACCACCCAAGGGAACAGUAAUUAUUUUUUGACGAUUUGUAUGUGUGUGAGGUUUUGAGGUAUUUGAUUCUUUCGAGAUAUUAGUUUUGAUUGUUGAAUCUUGUUAUCACCCUAAUUUGUGCUUUGAUGGAAUUUGAGUAUGUUGAAUCUAUUUUAUUUCAGAUUGCGUACUUUAUUUUCCUUCAUGGGUUUUGAAUUAGAAUUUGUACAUUUCGUGUACAGCUCCAUUAAAAUGCCAAAAAGAAAUAUCUUCCAUUAUUUCAAGAAGGACGAUGAUGAUGGAUCAUCUGGUAAGCCAAAUGCUCCACACGACUCUCCUACUUCAAAUCCAAGAUCACCACCGAAGAACAAAAGAGCCAAGCCUGAGAAUGAAUUUUCUUUUGAAAGUAACUGUUCAUGCUAUGAACGAGAUCCUGGAAAACGCAUCCCAAUAUGGCAAUACCCGGCUAACAAACAAGAUGAGGUUCGAAGAGCUUAUGUCGAUAUGGGACCAUAUCAACCUAUUUAUGACUAUCCAUUUGUUUCAUUUGGGACUAAAAAACGCCGAUUUCAAUCUUCUUGGUUCACAAAAUUUUCAUGGCUUGAGUUUUCCAUAGAAAAUGGAAGUGCAUUUUGUUUUCCAUGCUAUCUAUUUGAUAGUAAUACGUCUAAGAGUGAGGCAUUCACAGUCAAGGGGUUUCAGAAUUGGAAGAAAGUCAACUGUGACAGCAAAUGUCCACUGAAAACGCAUGAAGGAGGUUGUAAUUCUUCACAUAGCAUUGCUGUGCAAAAGUUGAAGGAUUUGAAAAACCCAAGUCAACAUAUGCAUUCUUCAAAGGAAAACAUGCUUACAACCGGAGUCAUUUUAAAGCAAGUCAAGAUAUUUUCAAAUUCCGAUUUUGUCGAAUAUUCAAAGCUCACCCACGACUCUAAUCCAUUGCAUUUUAAUCUUGAGCGUGCCAAAAAUGCUGGUUUUGCUGAUCUUCCAGUACCUGGAAUGCUUGUGGCUUCUUUGUUUCCUCGAAUCAUUGCUUCCCAUAUUCCAGGGGCUGUGUAUGUGAAUCAAACUUUGGAGUUCAAGUCACCAGUGUAUUCUGGGGAGGAGAUCACCGGGGAAGUACAGGCACUCAAUAUUAUUAGACAAAUGGAAGAGAAAUAUAUGGUGAAAUUCACUACAAAAUGCUUCAAAGCUGGAGGAAUUAUUGUGAUUGACGGUGAGUCUACGGCAGUAUUGCCGUCUCUGGCCAUGAAACAAACUUGAGGGAUUCAUUGGCACUUUGUCUAU